UAGUAUUUAGAGAAAGUAUUUGCUCUAAAUGCUGUUUCCUUUCUUAAGAAUUACUAAUUUAUUAAGGGCUUGUUUAGUUUACUUAUAUUCAGCUGUUCUGUCUGGUGAGAAAAGUUGGUACUUCACUAAAGACAUUUUAAAAUUUAACCUGUAAGAUCUAACCUAAAUCUUUAGGGUUAGAGUCUAACAGAGGAUACACUGGCAUAGUUCUUUGGGUAACUGUGUGAUUUGAACUGCAAUUCUAAACCAUGAAACAACUGAAUUUUAGAAUAUGCACAUGGCAGGAGCUAUCAUGUAUUCCCUAAUAAUUGUUUUUCUCCUAUGAUUUCCCACUUACUUCGCUAGGGCAUGACAUCCUGGAAUAGAGAUAACUUUUCCUAGAUUUUAUUGUUAUAUCUUGGUGUGGCUACAUGACAAAGUUUAGGCCAAUGGGGACACUUCCAGGAAGUAUCCUUAAAAGGAGGAGGCAUGCCCAUCCCUUCCCCUUUUUUCCUGAUAGGCAGACAGAAUAGCUGGAACUAGAGCAGCCGUCUUGGACUAUGUGGUAAAGGCCUUGUUUUGUGAAUGGCAGAGAAAUGAGGUAGAUACUCUCUGAAUCCCAUCUUGGAGUAUAGCAGCCCCGAACUGCCUGACUGACUUUUUUGUUUUGAGAUGGAGUUUUGCUCUUGUCACCCAGGCUGGAGUGCAGUGGUGUGAUCUCAGCUCACUGCAACCUCUGCCUCCUGGGUUCAAGCAAUUCUCCUGCCUUAGCCUCCCUAGUAGCUAGGAUUACCACCAUGCCCGGCUAAUUUUUGUAUUUUUAGUAGAGACAGUGUUUCACCACAUUGGCCAGGCUAGUCUUGAACUCCUGACCUUAGGUGAUCCGCCCGUCUCCGCCUCCCAAGGUACUGGGGUUAUAGGUGUGAGCCACCGUGACUGGCCACCUGUCUGAACUUUUAAGUGAAGGAAACCAUCUUCUUUAAGUGUUACUGUUCUGGCUUCUCUGUUACUCAGCCUAACUGGAUUCUUGUCAAUACAGUGCACUUUGAGCAUUAUUUAUGAUUAUUUCCAUUUGUACUUUCUAAAUUAUACUAACAACUCCAGUUAUUAGUACAGUAGUAGAGAUGUGAUAAUUUAGUAAAUACAUAUUUGACCUUUAUGUAGUAAUUAAGUGAAAAGUUAUAGGUGCCAAUGAGUUGCACUGUUCCAGGGGCUGUUGCUACAUAAAAAUGUAUCCCCAGAAUUACUGGCGAAAAACAUGUUAUUUUAUUAUGCUUACAAAUUCUGCGGGACAGGAAUUUGGAUGGAGCACAGUGAUGGCUGGGGAAGGAGCCAGGCAGUGGCAGUGAGUGGCGGGGAGCUUUUCAGCCACUGGCCUGGAGGUUGACAUUGGCCAUCAGCUGUGGCCUCAGCUAGGCUGUGGGUUGGAACACGUACACUGUGUAGUUUCUCCCUGUGGACACAUUUGGCUUCUUCGCAACUUGGCACUGGGUUCCAGUGAGUCCUUCCGAGAGCAAGAAAAGUGCAUGGCAUUUUAAUUUUAAUGACUAGCCUUGGAAUUCACAUGAUGUAUCUUCUGUCAUACUCUAUUGGAUGAAGCAGUAACCAAGGUCUGUUUGGGUUCAAUAGAAGGGAACAUAGAGCCCACUAUUUGAAGAGAGGAGUGUUAAGAUUACAUAAUAAUAAGAGUAUGUGGGAUGGGAAAUACUCUUUGGAAAAUAAAAUCUGUGACACUAAUCAUUUCCUUAAGACCGGAGAAAUUGCUUGGGAGAGACUGAGGAUCAGUGGUUUUCCUUUUUAUUGUCCCUGGGUCAGCCUUAGAUACAGGUGAAUUGACUGAAUGGUGCGAUUAAAAUGAAAGUAGCAUCCCGUUCUAAUUCUACAGCUGCCAGAGUAUCUCUAUUCUUUGACUUACACCUCUAAAUAGAUAGGUAAGGAUGUGUGUAUGUGUAGAGGUGAUGGCACAUUAAUUCCAACAUGUAGGUACUGUGGGCCUUCUAAAUCUGUAUAACUCUUAGAGCUUAUUAAAGUUAUUUUAUGUAUUAUGUGAUUCUCCUCAAGAGGGAAGAAUGACCAUUAUGUACCACGUAACCUCAUGUUACAGGUAGGUAACUAAUACUGGCAGAAGUUAAUUUGUUGAAGGUUGCAUGUAGUAAGGAUAGUAAUACUCACUAGAUGUCCCAUUUGUUCUACAUUUCCCAGUUUCCUUAAUUAGUUUGAGGCCACGUGGUUAGCAAUGGCCAAUGAAAUGUGAAAGUGAAUAGAGAUGUUAGGUGCCUGAAUGGCGUAGGACAGUUACAGACAACAAAGAAUUGUCCUGUAUUCAUGACUUCUUCGUACCUCGCUGAACAAUUACGUACAUGGAAAUCCUGUUUAUAAUGAGAAAGGAAAAGCAACCCUACACCUGGCAGCUGAAAGCUGACCUUGCCCUAAUGGCUAGGCUAUUAUACUCUGUUGAAUAUAAACAAUGUUAUAGAAGAGCAACAACUGACAAGGCCACUGAGUGUGGUGGAGGAAGACAAAAAUUAGGACACUCUAUAGUCAUGUUCAAACAUAGAACAAGAUUCUGUACAAAUCAUAAAGAGUGACCAGACAUUCUGCCUCUUGGCUGACAUGAGUGAUAGUUGCUCCAUUACCCAUUAGAUCACUCUGCUCCCCCUUCCUCCUAGAUGAAAAAUUUUAUUUACACUCACUUAAAAUUGUCCUUGCUUUCUGAAAGCACUCAAUCCAGAGUAAAACGAUGAUUCAUGGAGCCCUUCUUCAAACCACCCAACACAACCCCAAAUCCUAUAAAAAGCCCUUCCGCUCUUCCUCCCUACGCGCGGCGUGGAGCGGCGCGGAGGCGGCCAGGCGGAGGCUGGGCUCGGGCGUCCGUUCGCGGCCGGCUGGCAAGCGCGGGCAAACGCCGCAACCCGAGCCGCCGCCGCCGCCGCCGCCGCCGCCGCCGCGCCGCCUCCGCCGGCCGCGGGGCCUCGGGGCCGCUGGGUCCGUCGCGGGCAGCGAGAGGCGGGCUGGCGUGCGGGCGGCGGAAGGAGGCGGAGGAGGAGGAAGAGGAGGAGGAGGCGGCGGCCGGGAGCCGGGUGAGAGGCGCGGAGGGUGGGCCGGGGAAGGGGAGGAGCGGGAUUUGCGGAGCGCCGCGCCGCUGCCGGGAGCCGGCGGGCACGAGAGUGACCGGAGUCACGGUGGGCGCCGGCGGAGCCGCGGCGUCGGACCCGCCUCCUGGAGGAGCUCAGCCCCGACCAGGCCCGUCCCCAUUCCCGCCCCGCGCCGCCUCCCCGCCGCCGCCGCCGCCGCCGCCGCCGGAGCGCUCCCCUGCCCACCCCGCCCCCGCGGCCGAGCCCAGGAGUCCAGUGGGAGUCGGCCGGCCGGCGCGGGCAGCGCCGGGACCCCGCGGGGGACACUGCAGCCGGAGCCCGGGAGGGGCCGCGCCGCCACCGUCUGAACUAGGAUUUCCCGACAUGAAGGUGUCAGCUGUGAUGCAUGUUUAAAAGGAAAUUUUCGAGGUCGCAGAUAUAAGUGUUUAAUUUGCUACGAUUACGAUCUUUGUGCAUCUUGUUAUGAAAGUGGUGCAACAACAACAAGGCAUACAACUGACCACCCAAUGCAGUGCAUAUUAACAAGGGUAGAUUUUGAUUUAUACUAUGGUGGGGAAGCUUUCUCUGUAGAGCAACCACGGUCUUUUACUUGUCCCUGUUGUGGAAAAAUCGGCUAUACGGAGACAUCUCUUCAAGAGCUUGUUACUUCUGAACACGCAGAAACAUCAACAGAAGUGAUUUGUCCAGUAUGUGCAGCAUUACCUGGAGGCGAUCCUAAUCAUGUCACGGAUGACUUUGCAGCUCAUCUUACACUUGAACACAGAGCCCCUAGAGAUUUAGAUGAAUCGAGUGGUGUUCGACAUGUAUGUAGAAUGUUUCACCCUGGCCGGGGAUUAGGAGGUCCUCGUGCUCGUAGAUCAAACAUGCACUUUACUAGCAGUUCUACUGGUGGACUUUCUUCUUCUCAGAGUUCAUAUUCUCCAAGCAAUAGGGAAGCCAUGGAUCCUAUAGCUGAGCUUUUAUCUCAGUUAUCGGGAGUGAGACGUUCUGCAGGAGGACAGCUUAAUUCCUCUGGCCCUUCCGCUUCUCAGUUACAACAACUGCAGAUGCAGCUGCAGCUAGAACGGCAGCAUGCCCAGGCAGCACGGCAACAACUGGAGACCGCACGCAACGCAACCGGGCGUAGUAACACAAGCAGUGUCACCACUACAAUCACACAAUCCACAGCAACAACCAACAUAGCUAAUACAGAAAGCAGUCAGCAGACUCUCCAGAAUUCCGUUUCUUUUAACAAGGUUGAAUGAUCCUAAAAUGUCUGAAACGGAGCGCCAGUCCAUGGAAAGCGAGCGUGCGGACCGCAGCCUGUUUGUCCAAGAGCUCCAUCUGUCCACUUUAGUGCGUGAAGAGAGCUCGUCCUCAGACGAGGAUGAUCGGGGAGAGAUGGCAGAUUUUGGUGCUGUGGGCUGUGUAGAUAUUAUACCUUUAGAUGUUGCUUUAGAAAACCUAAAUUUAAAAGAGAGUAAUAAAGGAAAUGAGCCUCCACCACCUCCUCUUUGAUGACAUCCCAAUUCGCAGACAGUGCCCUCUGUGCUGUAUUUGCCAAUGUAAGUGGACAACAACUAUCUUGGGUUUGUUUGGUGAUUGUAAUUUCAGGUCUGUCACUCUUGUUACAUUGUGUACAUUCAAAAGGAAGAGAGAAAAUAUAUAUGAUAAUCAUUUCCACUUAACUAAUUUUUACUUCUAGCAGGUAAAUGUAGGUAGCAGUGCAGGGGUGAUCUCUGCUUCCUGUACCUUGACAUGCAAAAGGCUCUCCUAAUAUUCCACAUUCAAACUGAAGAGGAAAAUUGAAAUCUCUAAUGAAGCUGCUGUGUGUAUUUAUGAAUAUUAAUGAAUAAAAACUGCUUGGAUGGUUUAAAAAAAAAAAAAAGCCCUUCCCAGCACCCUCAUACUGAGGCACCCCAUGGUUCCUCAUGGUAUGUGGUCUCUGUUGUGCAAAAGUGUGCUAAUAAACCCAACUCGAUUGAACCUCCGCAGAGCUGUUCCUCACGAUCUCGAACUGGUGGACAUUGACAAUAAUUUUUUGAGCCUAGAUGAUAACUUCAUUUUAUAUUUUUGUUGUUGCAGAUCUGCAAUACUUGACUUACCCAAUGAAGUGAGGGAAGGUUGUAGUCUUGUUCAGUACUUUAGCAAGAGUUUUCCAUCAUUUUGAAAGUUGUCACUAGCGACAACAUGGCUCCUGGCAUUUGAGUUCCAAGUCAAAACUGCAGUGGUCUGUAUUUGUAGUGGCCACAUUAAUGGUAAUUAUAUGUACAUAUGCAAGUAUCUAAUCAUUGUGUCUUCAGGAGUUUUGGCCAUUCAUUUCUAGAUUGAAUUACAUAUUACCAUAGGUUGCUUCAUUUUAUUUCUCUGUUACAUUACAGUUAUUAAAGGUAUUAAAGAUACCUUUAAUCAUGAUAGAUGA